AUGACCCCCGUCGGCCGCCGCACAGACGACGGAGAUGGCAGGUUCGUGGAGGCAGCAUACCUCUCAGCGUGGGGCUUCUGGCUGACUCUUCUUUUCAAGCUUGGUAUGCUCAUGUUCAUAGUUUCGAACAUUGCCGGAAGCACAAUUCAGAUCACCACCCUACCUCUUCCGGUUUUAUCAACAUUGCAAGCUUCUGGCUUGGUGUUCAACUCUAUCUGCGCUACUCUCAUUCUGGGAGAGCCUUUCACACGAUGGUCUUUCGGAGGCACAGUCUUGGUCUGCGGUGGAGCUGUGCUGAUUGCAAUAUUCGGAGCCAUCGGAGAACCUGCGCAUAAUCUCGACCAACUUCUUGCACUUCUGGAAAGGCGGCAGUUCAUUCUGUGGAUGAUCGGCCAAGCUAUGCUAGUGGUAGCCAUCAUUGCUGGGGCGAAAGCUCUCAAAUACAUGAAUCCCUGGACCAGCCACAGUCCACGGAUGCGCCUCUUCAAGGGCAUGGCUUAUGGCGCCGUCAGCGGAAUCCUGUCUGCACACUCUCUACUGGUCGCCAAAUCAGCAGUCGAAUUGCUUGUCCGUACGAUUGUGGACAGACAUAAUGAGUUCAACCGAUGGCAGUCCUGGAUGAUUCUGCUCGGCUUACUUGCUCUCGCCCUUACUCAACUUUACUACUUGCAUCGCGGCCUGAAACUUUGCUCCACUAGCAUAUUAUACCCCUUUGUUUUCUGCGUGUACAAUAUCAUUGCCAUCUUAGACGGCCUCAUCUACUUUGAUCAAUCAUCACGACUUUCUUUCCUUCACGCCCUUCUGAUUGCCCUAGGCACCGUCAUUCUCCUUAUCGGCGUUCUCGCUCUCUCCUGGCGCCUCAACAAUGACCCGGCAACUAGACUCUCCGUCUCUCAAAACACGCUCAUUCCGGGCAUGGGCUUCGUCGAUGACGACAGCGACUCCGAAGCGGAGGGGAACACUCCAGAAUCCCAGAUGGACGAAGAGGCAAACCUAGCUAAUGGCAAUGAUUCGCCCUUCAAUAAUCACCGCAACUCUCACCGCAUCUCCUCUUCUAAUGAUCCUCGCACGCCUACCAUGAAGAAUAACGACUUGUUGAGCAUCACGCGUCUGCGCAGAAAGGGUAUGACAGAGUCUGAAGAGAUAUGGGAAGAGCUGGAAGACGAUGCUCUUGCCGAAGUGUCACCUUUCUCACGCCUCAGGAGCAGUGCACGAUCCACCCCUUCUUCAAAACUACCAUCUCGAGGAAAUCCCAUGGACGAAAGUCCAGAUGAAUCAACGGCGCUCUUAGCAAGGUCUGGCACGGGCAGGAGCUACAGGGACAGGAAGAGGAGAUAUUCAACGCCGAUUUUGGAGACCCAGGAGAGGGAGAGAAGGAGAAGGUCAGCGUCGUCGCAAGAGGCAUUGGGCGGCUGGUGGAAGUUGAAAAACUGGUGGAGAGGAAAGGAAAGGAAGGGUAAAGGGAAGGGUACCGGCAAUGGCAAUGGCAAUGGCAAUGGGAACGGGAGCGGCGAUACUGCCUGA